AUGGAUUCCCUCGCGUCCUUGAUCAACCUCGCCGCCUUGAUCUCCGGCGCCUGCCGCGACGCGGAGAUGCUGCCGGGUGCGCUCAUCUCCUGUGGCGUCCUCGAGGCAGCCGCAGCGCUCUGCCUCGCCAUCUCCAGAGCGCCCGGAGGUAUAUUUCUCCACCAUGGCAGAGCACCCUUCUUCCUGUACUACGGCAUCCUCGUCGCCGUGGUGAUCUUCGGGCUCCUCGAGGCGUCGGCCGGCUUCUGGGUGUCAGGCGAUGUGGUCGGACGGGGUGCCGUCGGGAAGACGAUGCUGUGGCUGGGCCUCCUGCCCAUCGUCUUCGUGGCUGCGCUUGGAGGCUUUGUGAUUCUGAAAAUGAAGUAG